AUGAACUUGUCCUCUGAGCACUGCAACAUAUCUGACUGGCUGAGACUAGAGGCAACCGUGAAGGCCUCUGUGUAUGCGGUGGCUUUCUCCAUCGCCACAUCCAUCACUGUUGUCGUUAUUGUGAUAGUGUCACAGAAUCUGCAGCUGAGGAAAGAGGUCCGACUGGUCCUCCUUUGCCAUCACCUGCUAUGUAUCUCUUCCUACUGUGGCCUGGGGGUUGUCUUCCAAGGAAUGCGAGCCUUGCUGGCCAACAGCCCCCUGCUGCUGUGCUGGCUGGUAUUUGGGGCUCAGCUAAGUGUGGGAGAAGGGAUCCUCCUUACUCUGGCCUUGAUGGCUCUCAACACUUACCUUGCCAUUUGUUAUCCCCUGAACUCUCCGUCCUUUGUAGAUUCUGCCAAGUACAGGAUUCUGGCUGGGUCCUGGACCACUGUUAUACUCAAGAAUGUUGGCUUGUUCCUCAUAGAGGGCACUAACCCUACCCCAGCCUCUGUUCUCCUGUCUGCCCCACUCUGUCCUGUGAUCCUGAAUGGUACACCUGCCAGAGUCACCGGCAUGAUUUUCCUUGCCCUUCCUUUAUCUGUCAUUCUUGUGAGUUACUAUCUGAUAUACCGAGAAGGGAAGCGGGCUGGCCAUUUCAACAGAUCAAACAUCAAGGCCAGGAGAACUGUCCUCGUUCAUCUACUGCAGAUCAGCUUACACGUGAUACCCUCCCUAAUGUUUGUAGGUCUGGGAAAGCGGUGUGGAGCAUCUUUCUUUGCUUUAAAUCUGGUGCUUUUUGGUGUCUUCGCCUUCGCACAGUGUUUCAACCCUUUGGUCUACGGACUAUGCAGCAGAGACCUGCAGAGAAGACUGUACCCUUGGCUGCGCUGUCAGAGGAAGCAGCAGGGGGCUGGCUUAAACAAAACUUUAGUUCUUCAGAGGAACUCCAGACUUGAUAGGUGUGUCAGCUAGGGCUGAGAACUCGCCUUGUGUUCAACCCAAAACUGUUGCUUUGAUUUGAUUUUGAAAGUACUGAGACUUCUCUGCUGCACCUCGGUGAGGUCAGCUGGUGCCUUUAACUCUAAACCCAGAAGAGCACUUCUGAUGGCCUGCUUUGCUGUUCCUGAGUGUGAUAGCUGAAAGGGCCAAAUACAGAAGUCACAUGAUAAUGAAGUCACUGGAGAGGUGGAGGAAACAGAAGUCAGGGACCCCACUGGGCCGAGUAGCUGUAUGCUCUGGGCACUCACAUCUUAAUAACUUUGUCUGCCAGGAGAAAGAGCAACAAGAUGUUUUUACCUCCACACAUGUUCUAUAUGAUACAUACUCUCCUGUAAUUGGUGGAACCUAACUGGUCACUGAGACCCAAAAGCAAAGGAGUCUGGGAAACGUAGUUCAUAGUUUUACUGAUUUGGCAGUAUGGAAAGUUACCUCACAAGGGGGAGCGAGUGAGGACUGAAUGAGCCAACCUAGGGGAUCCUCUCUUACUACACUUAGUUUUAUUUACAGAUUAUAAUAAUAACAGAAAUAAAAGACACUAUUGGGCAUUAUGUUCCUCACACUAUACAAGCCAUUUUACACUAUGUCAAAUCCUCACAACUAACUGGGUCUAUGGAGGGUCCAGCCCCUUAAUAACCCUCUUAUGGGUCCAGGAAGAAUCUAC